AGCUGGAGAAGAACCAAAGCUACAAGGAACUGAGCAUUUCAAGCAAAAUUUCUCUCGUUUUCUUUCUCUUUCUCUCUUGGUGUUAUAUUUGUUUUUUUUUCUCUUGAAAGGGUGUCAAUAAUCCUAGUUUUCUUUUUUCUCUUUGUUUUUCACAAAUUUGGUUACACUUUGGGACCUGAGAUCCCUGACUUAGCAAAGCAAAAACCAAACCCUUCAACCAGCAGCUGCUUCCCAAGAACUUAGAAAAACAACAACAUAAUCUUAGUAAAAGAAGAAACAAUUACAUAUACAUAGAGAAAUAGUCGGUAAUCUAAAGUUAUAGAGGUGUCUGAUUAGUAUAAAUAUAGUAAGGCAAUAAAGGGAAAAACCAAACCGAAAAAAGGUUUUUUUAAGGAAGACCAUGGGGAGAGGAAGAGUAGAGUUGAAGAGGAUAGAGAACAAGAUAAAUAGACAAGUUACAUUUGCAAAGAGAAGAAAUGGGUUGCUCAAGAAAGCUUAUGAGCUCUCAGUUUUAUGUGAUGCUGAGGUUGCACUUAUCAUCUUCUCUAACCGUGGGAAGCUCUAUGAGUUUUGUAGCAGCUCUAGCAUGCUCAGGACACUUGAUAGAUAUCAGAAAUGCAGCUAUGGUGCUGUGGAAGUUACCAAGCCAGCCAAGGAGCUUGAGAGUAGCUAUAGGGAGUACCUAAAACUGAAAGCUAGAUAUGAGGAACUGCAACAAACACAGAGGAAUCUCCUUGGUGAAGACUUGGGUCCAUUGAACUCAAAGGAGCUUGAGCAGCUUGAGCACCAGCUUGAGGCAUCCUUGAAACAUGUUCGCUCCACCAAGACCCAAUAUAUGCUUGACCAGCUUUCUGAUCUUCAGAACAAGGAACAAAUGCUAAUGGAAGCUAACAGAGCUUUGUCCAUAAAGCUUGAAGACAUUAAUGCCAGAAUUCAGUUUGGAGCACAUUGGGAAGGUGGCGAGCAAAGUGUAUCAUUCAAUAACCAGCAUACUCACUCCAUGGGGUUUUAUCAGCCAUUGGAAUGCAAUCCAACUUUGCAGAUAGGUUACUGCAAUCCUGGAGCUGCAGACCAGAUGGCUGCAACAAGUCAUGCUCAGCAAGUCAAUGGCUUUAUCCCUGGAUGGAUGCUCUAAAUUUUUGGUUCCAUCAACAUGGUUAAAAUGAUCAUAAACUCUAGUACCUAAAAAUGCUUCUUGAUGAUGUUGAAAAUGUGUAAAAAAAUGGUUUCAAGAGCAUAUAUAUAUGCAUAAUAUCCUGCAUUGACAUAAAACACUACAUUAGAGACUGAGUUUGCUGGUAAGACUCUUGAGCCACAGACAAAAGGCUUGUGAUUAAGUUUAUAUAUGACAAUGGAAGACUUGUUCCA